AUGAUGCCAGCGUUCAACCUAAGAGUGGUUUCUUUGGGUGAAGCAGCAGGCUACGACACCGCAGCUGUGGCGAAUGCAAUGGGUCUAAUCUCAGCGUUUCGGAGCUUCACAGAGUUCACAGCAGCGCCGCUACUUGCAUCUUGGUCCGACCGCCUUGGGCGGCGGCGGGUCAUCUUGGCAUCUGCUCUGGCGUUCACGCUCGAAGCAACGCUGAUGGCAGUUUCCACCGGGCUUGUGAUGCUUGGUGCAGUGCAUGCUACCUUCGGCUGCUUUGCAUCGGGCGGGGCUGUCGAGACGAGCUGCAUCGCGGAUGCCACGCCUGCCGGGCCGAAGCGGGCGGUGGCUGUUGGGCGAUUCUUCACGGUCAUCGGCGCGGCGCUGGUGCUCGGCCCGGCCUUGGGCGGGGCGUUGCUCGCUCGGGUUGGAGGCUCCGCACCCUUUGCUUGUGCGGCUUGCCUGGGCCUGACUGCGUUUCUUGCGACUGCCGUGGCCCUUCCUGAGUACUUGCCGCCUUCGCGAAGAGCUCCGAAGGAGUCAACGACGAUGCUCCCUGCAGCUGGUGUUUAUCGCUUGUUGUCUCAGACCCCGCCUCUCCGGUGGUACGUGGCCGCAUCAGGACUCUUCAGUCUGGGCAUGGCGCUUUACGGGACGGUGAACGUCCUCUGGCUCAAGGAGGCUUUCGGCUGGGACGGGCAGGAUGUCGGCCACUUUUUGUCGGCAGUGGGCGCCGCAGUCAUCACGUCACAGGUGCUGGUCUUGCCCGGUGUUCUCCGAGUCUCAAAGGGCCGAGAGUCCUUGGUGGUGCAAGGAGCUAUGAUGGUCCAUGCCUUCAAGUUCAUCGGCUAUGCUUGGGCUCCGAGCGGAAAGUGGGUCUACGUGGUGCUCGCCCUGUCAACUCCAACUUUCUGCGCGGCACCGGUUCUCUCGAGCUUGUGCACACGGCAUGUUCCCGCAACGCAGCAAGGGCUGUGGUCGGGGAGCAUGUCGGCACUGAACACCGCCGCCAAUGUCGUAGGUGCGUUGACUGGAUCCAGGCUUCUUGCCCUGUCACUGCGGGGGUUCCUCCCUCUUGGAUCUCCGCUCUAUGCCGGCGCAUUGUGCCACAUGUUGGCGGCUCUUUGCGUGGGUUGUGCGAGCCUAACGGUGGACAAGAAGAUGCCGGAAUCGCACGAUGAAGAGGGGGCGCCCGAGUCGCUGCACGGUGCUUGA